UGUUUUGAGAUGACAAAAAGAAGGUGAGAGCAAAAGGCAGGCCCAGAGAUUGCUCAAUUUGGAGCUACAUUCCUUCUCUCUCCCCCCAAACUCUUCCUCUAUCGACAAUGGAAUUUUUGCAGGACGUCGGGAUCCGAGUUUUGCGAUCACGCACAGCAAUGAUUCUGUUACAAUAAAGCAUGGAGGACUAGAGCUAUACGCAUUCUUCUGCAGUGGGUCUUAUUGGCAUUUGAGCUUGAGGGGCGUCGACGAUGUCAGCCAAGAGCGAACACCAUACGGUCCCCCUUUCUGUGCUCCUGAAGCGUGAAUCAGCAAGCGAAAAAAUUGAAAAACCAGAAAUUCAGCAUGGCCAAGCCAGCCAGAGCAAAAAGGGAGAGGAUUUCACGCUAGUAAAAACGGAAUGCCAGAGGGUGGUGGGAGACGGGGUUUCGACAUAUUCUGUUUUUGCACUAUUUGAUGGGCACAAUGGAUCUGCUGCUGCUAUUUAUGCCAAGGAGAAUCUCCUAAAUAAUAUUUUAAGUGUAAUUCCUUCAGAUCUUAACAGGGAUGAGUGGGUAGCAGCUUUGCCCAGGGCUUUAGUUGCAGGCUUUGUAAAAACUGAUAAAGAUUUUCAAGAAACAGCUCAAACAUCAGGAACAACUGUGACCUUUGUGAUUAUAGAAGGAUGGUUUGUCACCGUUGCAUCUGUCGGUGAUUCCCGAUGCAUACUUGAACCUUCUGAAGGUGGGCUUUAUUACCUGUCAGCGGAUCAUAGGCUAGACACCAAUGAAGAGGAAGUGACACGUAUAACGAGUAGUGGGGGUGAGGUUGGUCGGCUAAAUACUGGUGGAGGUGCAGAGAUUGGUCCUUUGAGAUGUUGGCCAGGUGGCUUGUGUCUUUCAAGAUCACUUGGUGAUUUGGAUGUUGGACAAUUCAUUGUUCCUGUACCUUACGUAAAGCAAGUGAAGCUGUCCACAUCUGGAGGCAGACUUAUCAUCUGCAGUGAUGGUGUUUGGGAUGCUCUAUCUGCAGAAUCAGCCCUUGAUUGUUGUCGUGGGAUGUCACCAGAGGUUGCAGCACCGCAUAUCGUUAAAGAAGCGGUACAAGCAAAGGGGCUUAGAGAUGAUACAACCUGCAUUGUUAUUGAUAUUUUGCCCCCAGAGAAACCACCUGCUGCCCCUUUGGCACACGCUAAAAGACCAGUGAAAGGAAUGUUUAAAUCGAUGUUUAGAAGGAAGUCUGCAGAAUCAUCUUCUUAUAAUGAAAAAGAUUAUAUGGAGCCUGAUGUGGUAAUGGAGAUGUACGAGGAAGGAUCUGCUAUGCUUUCAGAGAGGUUAGACACAAAAUAUCCACUCUGCAACAUGUUUAAGCUGUUUACAUGUGCAGUCUGUCAAGUUGAGAUGAAGCCUGGAGAGGGUAUAUCAAUACACGAAGGGGCAUCCAACCAAGGAAAAUUGCGUCCCUGGGACGGUCCAUUCCUUUGCCGAAGUUGCCAAGACAAAAAAGAGGCCAUGGAAGGGAAAAGAAAAUUAGAUGGACAUGGCAGCGGGAGUGACUAACGAAUUCGUAUGUAUACUUGCAUUUUGAGAGAGCUAAUGAUUCCUCAGAUAAUCGGAGGUUGAACUUCCGAACAGUGAUUCCCCUAUGUUGUCAUGGGGGUUUCUCGAGAUUUUGGACCUAUUUUGAGAUUACACCUCAAAAUUGAUUUGGAUUUUUCUCUUUUAUCCAAGUGCUUCAGGGACAGAUGAUUAUCAGUUGCUUGUUGUACGAUUUCUGACUUGGGAGGAGUGGAAUAGCAACCACCCAAGUGUUGUGGAAGGCUGCCUUAACUGCAGUGUACAAUACUACAAUAGGAUGUUGGAAGCAUUUUAUUCUUUUCCUUUUUCUUUUUUUUUGUGCGGCGAAUCGUUCAUUUGUACAUGGGUCCUUUGGAAUCACGAUAUGGACCUUAGAAGCAAGGGCUUUUUGUUGUAAUGUGUUAUAGGGAAUUCCUUCCCACGUUGGGUUAGAAGUGUAUUUGUAUGGAGCCGUUUAAAUGGUUUGUUGUUGUGGCAUUAGAUUUUGAUUACUACUUACUAAACGAAUUAACCCCUGUAAUAAAAAUGUUGUUUGAUCCAUAAUCCAUCAUCGCUUUUAAAACGA